ACACACACACAAGACAGGCCAUCACACGCUCUCUCUCUCUCUCUCUCUCUCCUUUGCUUCUCUCUCCUUUUUCUAUUUUGGGCCAAUUUUAUUGAUUUCUAUUGAAAUAUUUCCCAUUUAGGACACAGCCAAUUUUUUUUUUCUCUUGCCCAGCUCUAAUUGUUUUUCGAUUUUUUGAUUUUAGCCUUCUUAAUCUUGGUGCUUCCUCUUCCUCCAUCUGUUUUAAAAAUUUUGUUGCAAGAAUCUGUGGAUUUCCCGAAAAUAAAAAUCCAAUCUUGGGACCAAUUAUUUCAUACCUCUGUAAUAUGCAGUUAAAAAUCAGAUUCUUGCAUCUGGGCUUGUCUGAAUCAGAUCAUGGCGUGCUCCAACAACAAGCACACACACACCGCUGCAAGUUGAGUUAAGGCCACACUUACCUACAGUAAGCACUCUUUUUCUAUGGGGGAUGGUGAAGGCAGCAAGAACAUUUCAAGAACACCGGGAAUGGAGAAUCUCUCCUUGGGCAUUUCGUCGAACAUGUCGUCUGCGUCAAGGGACCUGCUGAAGAGAUUCAUGGGCGUCGCUGCCGUCAAAGUGGAGGCGGCGGAGGACGACGAGGAGGAAGGAAUCGAGUUGAAUCUCGGGCUAUCCUUGGGGGGGAGAUUCGGUGUCGACAAGUACACGAAACUGUCGAGAUCCUCCUCCAUAGCUAGCUGCUUGCCGGUGGUUCGGGACGACAGCGAUGCGGCGGCGGCGGCGCCGCCGCCCGCGGCGGCGUACGCGGGUUUGUCGAGAAGCUCGUCGCUGCCGGUGGAGACGGAGGAGGAGUGGCGGAAGAGGAAGGAGCUGCAGACGCUGAGGAGGAUGGAGGCGAAGCGGAGGCGGUCGGAGAAACAGAGGAAUUCGAAGAGUUCCGAUAAAGAAGGCGGAAGCUUGAGUUUGGAGGAGAAGAAGGAAAUUGAGAUGAAUUUGAGGGGUAGGUUGGAGAGAGAGAAGUCUUCUUCUCUCUCAUCUGUGAAGCGACCCGGUUCGUCGUCUGGCGGGUCGCAAUUCGGGUCGUGGGCCGCGGCUGCUGCUGCGGCUAAUCAGGCCAUUAUCAGAAGUGGGAUUGAUGCGGCAAUGGCGAAAGGGAAGGGUAGUUGUGUAAAUGUUGGGAAGAUGCAGGGACUGCUACGGAAACAAGCUUCGAUUGGAUCUGUCGAAUCGAAAGGGGGGAGUUCGUCUACUGUCUCGGAUUUGGAGAGUAAAACUCUACAAGGAUCGAGUGGCGAAGUGAGCCCCGCGAGCAUCCAAUCCAUGCAAGAAUCGGCCAAUCUGGACACUCGAUCCUCGACAACAAAUGCAAGAGGGAAUACGAGUAAAGCGGCGGGGCCCGACAAAGAUAGUAGUACCCCAAAGAAGCCGGAAGCUUCUAGAACACGAGGGAAAGAAAUCGGAACGAACUCAUUGGAGGAGAUGCCAUGUGUCUUCACGAAAGGAGACGGACCCAAUGGGAGAAGGGUGGAGGGUAUACUGUACAGAUACGGUAAAGGUGAAGAAGUGAGAAUAAUGUGCGUUUGCCACGGAAGCUUCCAUUCGCCCGCCGAGUUUGUGAGGCACGCAGGUGGGACCGACGUGGAUAAUCCGCUCAAGCAUAUUGUUGUGAACCCUAACUCUUCUUCCAUGGUGUAAGUGCAUGAAGAAAGAUGAAGUGGGAUGAAAUUAAUGAGAGUUACUUUUUUUUUUUUUCUUUACGAAACUUAUUUAUGCUCGUGUUUUCACGAGGGUUAUUUUAGAAGGUUAAGCAAUUAAUUAAUAGUUUUUUUUUAAAAUGAAUUUUUAAGAUUGCAUUGAUUAACUUGUGGAGGAUCGAGUUUUUUAGGCCGGGAAUUUGUUCGUUGAGCAGAAUAUAGCUUAUAUAGACAUAUUAUUGCUGGUUUAAUUGUUCUGAGAUAUCGAUGAUGCUCGAAAAUUUGUCCCGAAGACUCGGUAAUGGUUUUUAGUAUAUUAACUCGAGUUCUUAGUCAUGAUGCGAGUUUUAUUAGCUCAAUAUUGUGUUCCUUGCGCUUGAAUGUGUGCAAGUGGAGAAGGAACUCAUUUUGUUUAUAUUGAUUGAUUGAAUCAUAAC